AGCACUGCAAUAAUAGCAUUUGUGGGGUGGAAACUUGAAUGGGGGGUGGCACGAGAUAGAGAGUUGCUGUCAUGUACACUGUACCGGAUGACACCCCAACACAAACACUGUAUUUCCACAGACUUUCCCCCGUGUAAAUCUUAAAAGCAUUAGCCCAAAGAAACGCGCUUUCUCCUCCUUGCACUGACAUUGGGAGGACUUAUGAUGGCAACACUGUGCUGGCCGAUGUCUUUAUUUGGGGCUGAAGCACAGGAUCAAGUCUUCACUGGGAGAUGAGAGGCUGAAUCAAUAGUGACGUCACUACAUUGUGGUUCAGGGUGAAUCGCGCCAUUGACCACAAGGAGGCACUAUCGUUGGACAUUUAAACUUCCUGAAGACAAUAUUGAUAAGGAUUAUGGCCAGCAUCAUUUUAUUGUUACAUUUAGGAGGUGGGGGGGGAAUGAACGACACUUUGUAGUGGCGCUAGUGCUUUCCUUACAUUUCUAUCAGUUUACUGAUAGUUUACACAGCGGAAUUAGUUUUUUUUUUAAUUGUGCAUUUUAAUGAGAGUCAAUGACAGUAUACGCAGUCCCUAUCCUACAGUUUUGUCGCCCUCUUGUGGUCGUUGAAGGGAAGUGCAGGCGAGAGGAGGAGGAAGAGGAAGAGGAGGGAAGGCGAAGGGGGUUCUUCCAGCAUGUCGCCUCCUGUUGCCGCCCCUCACAGUAGGGGCUGCCGGCGACCUUUCAGUCUGCUCACGUGAACGCAGACAGCCGCGCCACUACGCCGUAACGUGCUACGAGCUGUCCCCAGCUUUGUGGUGCCUGGCCUGUUCGCCGAAUGCGUAGGGCUGGACAACCAAAGUGGAACCGUUUGUUGACUAAUAUUUUUUUUUUGCACGCUCUCUGUAGGAGGUAGUUGGCAGUACAGUAAUAAUUGCAGUAGCGGCGGUAGUGGCAGUGUUGUUUGGUCGCGUUUUGUUCCAGGAUAGUUGUUUGAAGACGGGGCGCAACAAAUGUUUGUGGACAUGCGGCCAACGGAGGAAUGAGAGCAGCGAGGCACCGGCGGCCCUUCCAGCGGUUCUGCUGCUGCGGAGUCGGGCUGCUCGCCGUCUUGUGGCUCGCUCAGGUCAUCCACGCACCAGCAGAGACUUCUGGGUCCCGUCUCGGAGCGGAUGACGGCACGUUGCGAUGGACACGCCAACUCAAGCAGAUGCCCCACAACCAGAGUGUGACUGAACACGACGCAGCCAUUCACGAGUUUCCAGAGGACAUAUUCAAUAAGGAACAGCGGAAGAAUGGAGCCGUCUUACUGCACGUUCUCUGUGCCAUCUACAUGUUCUACGCUCUGGCCAUCGUCUGCGAUGACUACUUUGUUCCUUCGCUUGAAAAAAUAUCGGAGAAUCUCCAGCUGAGUGAGGAUGUUGCCGGGGCAACGUUCAUGGCAGCAGGAAGCUCCGCUCCGGAGCUCUUCACAUCGCUCAUUGGCGUCUUCAUCACUAAAGGGGACGUCGGUGUGGGCACCAUCGUGGGCUCGGCCGUCUUCAACAUCCUGGUCAUCAUCGGCCUGAGCGGCAUCUUUGCGGGCCAGACGGUGAAGCUGACGUGGUGGUCUUUGUUUCGAGACUCCUCCUACUACAUCCUGUCUGUGCUGGCGCUCAUCGGGGUCAUUUACGACGCUGUGGUCGUCUGGUGGGAGUCUUUGCUCCUCAUGACCAUGUACGUGAUCUACAUCAUUAUUAUGAAGUUCAACACGCACCUUCGGACAUUUGUGACGCAACAGUUCCGCCAAGUCGGGCCGUGCUGCGUCGCAUCAGAGGACGGCGGAGAGGACAAAAUGGGAGACGAGGCCUCGGCCUGCCACACCGCCACGGCCCUCCUGAACAAAGCUCAAGUGCAGAAUCAGGAGGGCGGCGCAGUCGUCAUGGUGGACGAGCUUCUCAUCCUCAGCCCUCACAAGCUGUCCUUCUCCGACGCCGGCCUGCGCAUCAUGAUCACGCCGCACUUCUCGCCUCGCACCAGACUCUCCAUGGCUGGCCGUGUGCUCAUCAGCGAGAGGCAGAGACUCAUCCGGAGUUCCGAGUACCGAGGGGGUUCCGCUGCCAACAGCCUGAAGCGGGUGGGCUCCUGCAGUUUGGAGAACGGGGGCGGCGUAGGACACGCGGAGUCCGGAGACAAGCCGGCGGCGGCAGCGGAAGACGACGACGAUGACGGCGGCGGCGUUUUCCACCCCAUGCGCAUCCCAGCCGGCUGCUGGGCCAAGGUCAAGUGGGUCACCACGUGGCCCCUGGGCCUCCUGCUCUACUGCACGGUGCCCAACUGCGUCGUCCCGCGCUGGCAUCGCUGGUUCAUGGUCACCUUUGCGGCCGCCACGCUGUGGAUCGCCGUCUUCUCCUACCUCAUGGUGUGGAUGGUCACCAUUGUGAGCGUCACCUUAGACAUCCCAGACUACAUCAUGGGCAUCACCUUCUUGGCAGCGGGGACCAGCGUGCCCGACUGCAUGGCGAGCCUCAUCGUUGCCAGACAAGGCAUGGGCGACAUGGCCGUGUCCAACUCCAUUGGCAGCAACAUCUUUGACAUCUUGCUGGGUUUGGGCUUCCCGUGGGCUCUUCGCACGCUGGUGGUGGACCACGGCUCAUUCGUGCCCAUCAAUAACAAAGGCCUGGUGUAUUCCGUCGUCCUGCUGCUGGCGUCCGUGUUGCUCACCGUGACGAGCGUCCAUCUGAACGGCUGGCGGUUGGAUCGGCGCCUGGGCCUGGGCCUGUUGUUCCUCUACGCCAUCUUCCUGCUCUGCUCCAUCCUCUUCGGGCACAUGUGAAGUCAA